UGCACUGAGUCCUCAGUCUGACUAUAUAACAUAAUAAACAAUAGAUAUCAAUGGAUGUGCAUAGUUGUUGCUGUUAAUUUCUCUCAUCAUUUUCUAAAUUUACAGGACAUCAAAUAUUUCAAAAAUGAGUCUUGUGGCUUACGGCAGUAGUGAUGAAAGUGAAAAUGAUGAAGAAACGGGGGAAACAUCGCCAAUAGCUCAAAGGACUGAAUCAAAAGUUCAAAUAAAGUUUCCUUUGCCUAUUCCAAGAACAUCAUACAUAAAUCAGGAUUCGAUCAGAAAUGGUAAAAAUGAUUCUAUAGAGUCAAAACUUGAUUUCAACGUUUUGCCUGGACCAGUGGCAUUAUCGAACAAUUAUGCUAUCACAGAGGCUGAUAACUUGCCACUUCCAAAAAAAGUAGAUUAUUCAAAUGUUGAAAAACCACCAAAGAAAAAGAAAGGGCCAACAAAAAUCAUAAUUCCUUCAUUAGCAGAUUUUCAAGAUGAUGAUGAUGAUAGUAAACCUAUUUCUCAUAAUAAGAAACACCCAUCUCAGAAAGGUUCAGGUCUCAUUGGGAUAUUACCGCCUCCUAAAAGCUUAUCGAUGACAGCAAAUUCAAUGAUUCCAAACGUGUUAACAAAGAAAGCUCCAGCAUCAAGGACACCAGUUCAAGAAACAUCCAAUAAUCUACAACCAACCAAGAUAAUACAGAAAGCUUUCCAAUCAAAGUCAACUGCUCCAACUCUGAAAUCUUUAUCAAGUUACAACUCAGAUUCCGAAGAAGAAGACGACAAACAUCAAUCUUUAUCAGUCCAAGACUUUUUUUCUUUAUCCACUCCUUCAAAAAUAUCUGAUGAACAUUUACCAUCCUUAAGUGCUGAAGAUAUGAAGUUGGAAACUAUUCAAGAAAGCUCACAUGUAAAGGAACCUGAAACCAUUGUAUCAAGUUCUGUGAUGAAUUUACCUAAGCAAGAAAUUUUGUUGAAAAAUAAAGUAGAAGUUGGUCCCAAACUACCUGUUCCUGAACAAGAAGCUCACUUAGAUAAACAAGGAAAUAUAGUAUUGAAUGAACAAUCUAUACAAUACUUAUGUGGUAGACAAGGAGUUAAACGUAAACAUGAAUUAGAGAAUAUAGAAAUCAUUGAUAUUAAUGGAGAAGAUAUGAAACCUGAUGAAAGAGAAUGGAUGGUUAAAGCUUUAACUGAAGAACAAGUUCAUAGGCCUCUUAAUAUGGGUGCAGGGCCAAGUGGUACCUCAAAGAAGAAACAUCAAAUCACAUAUUUAGCUCAUCAAGCUAAAGCUAUGGAGUUAGAAUUGAAAAAUCAAUGGGCUCAAAAUAAAGCAAAUCGACAACAGACGCGACAGAAAUAUGGCUUUUAAAAGCAGCCUUAUACGUAACUUUUUAAUUAUCAUACUAUAAAUCAUAAGUUAGUGCAAAAUAUGAAAACUUCAUAUUGUAAGUAAAAGAAUGAUUUGAAUGUAGAACUAAUAUAGUCUUUUUAUUGAGUAAUAUUAAAAUAGUUUGAAUACUCAUUCUACAUUUUUAGAUACAUUCAUUAUUAAAAUGGGCCAAUGUAAAUAACAUAUAACUAUGUACAAAAAAAUACAUUUGUGUGUAUAAAAUGAAUAUUAUAUUAAUAAGGACAAUGGUAUUUGUAGAUUUGAUUCAGUCUGAAGGUAUAUGUACAAUGAGAGCUAUGUGUGUAAAUGAAAUAAAUGUAAU